AUGGAAACAGGAAAUGCUCGUGCGGCAGCUCGCCUCCGACGAGCAUUCAGGUACUCCAGCGACGAAGAUGACGGGACUGAUCUCUCACCUGAAGAAAUGGAUGAAGAAGAACAAGAACACCUCCUCACCAACCUCCAAGCCUCCGAGUCGGCCUCCAACAGACAAUACACCCUGGUCCUGACCGGUCUGCCACUCAUCGUCAUUUUCCCGUUCUUGCGGUACUUGACACUAUCGACCACGGCAUCCAUGGCCACGCUUUGUCUUUUGAGCAUCACGUCGCUCAUGGCGAGCGCUUAUAUCAUGUACUUCGUCCCCAUCACUGACAUUGAUGCCGGAUUCAGCUCCAACUCCAAGCCUAAUGUCGGCGGUGGCGCCUCGGGUCCCUCACAGAGAUCUCCAUCGUCGAUAUUCGCGCCAACAUCCGGCGGUCCCAUUACACAGCGCCGGCGCCUUCCGACUUUACUUCUCUCAGACAGUGCUGGGAGUCCUAUCACGCGAUAUCUGCCCCUGCUCAACGCGGCGAUCAGUGCUCUCUUGUUCCUGGCUGCGAUGGUGUAUCGCUCCAAUUCGAGUUCGAAUUCGAAUUCAAAUGCGAAAACAAGGCCGGACGUCCCUGAAGGCCUGUGGCUUUUUCUGCUGUUGCCGCCUGUCAUUUUCGCCAUGGUUUACAUGGCAAAGAGGAGUAUGGGCGAGAUCCAGACCGGGUUGAGUCAGUUACAGGCUUUGAGGUAUGACUAUAAGGGAGCAUAG